AUGUUACCAUUUAUUAAAUUAACCGAGUACCCAUUUGUGAUUUGUACAGUAUGCCGUUAUGCAUAUGUCACCAAGGAGGUUGAAUCGCAUUUAAAGAAGCACCAUAAGAGCAUCAAAGCAGCAGUCAGAAGAGAGAUUACCCAGCAAGUCAGGGAUUUGCCCGGCAUGAUUGAUGACAGAAGAGGGUUGUUAACGUGGCCAACGCCACCGCCGACGACCGACCCGAUCCCAUAUAUCCACCCGCCGGUCCCCGAUAACUUAGGUUGUGGCGAGGAAGGGUGUUGGACCGUAGUUGGCACCCCGCGAGGCAUGCAGGAGCAUUACCGUAAGGAACACGGUUGGAGUAACCCGCGCGGGAGAGGCGGAAGUCAGCAAACGCGGAGGAUACAGGCCCAGCUGGUCCCAUGGCGCACCGGCGUCCAAAGCCAGCGGUUUUUCAGCAACGGGCCGGCCAGUAGUUGGUUCGAGGUCGGGUUUGGGGCGCCGGCCACCCAGACGGCCGAUGAGGCCGCCAUGAUGGAGCGGACGGUGCGUGCCAUGGAGCAGAAGCAAGAGCAGUUCGAGCGAGAGGAUAGAGAGUGCAUCAAAGCCGCCGACGCAAAGACAGAUGCGAACGCGUGGUUAGAGCGUGUAGGAUGGGCCGACCAUUUGCAGGGUUUAGAUCCGGAAGCCAUGAGACAGUUGACAGACCCGGUCGGCGAAGAAGAGCAUGUUUUACAGUUGAUCCAGGACAGUAUCAUGCGGGUCAUGUUGCAGGCACGGAUUACAGCCACGCCCAGCACGGUCGGCAGCCAGGCAUUAUUCGAAGUACAACGGAAGGAGGUAGACAAGAAGCCGCGGCGGCCAUUCGACAACCGAGUCGAAGAAGACACGUGGGCACGGUACACAGCAGUUUGGGUCAAGUUGAUAUGUUAUGUAUACCGUGCCGAGACCAUGGAGGACAACGAGAGGCCCGGGUUCCGAUUAACGAAACGACAGGGGGAUACGAUGGACGAGUUGACGGAGUUAAUAGAGGAGUAUGUUGAAGACCCCGAAGCCAAUCCAUUAGAUGAGGAGCGCGUGGACGAGUUGACGCUGCAGGUCGUUAUGGCAUUGUUGGAUCACAGGUUAACGGCAGGUGAAUACCGCAGUGGUAUUAUCAGUGGGUUGGCCGUGCUGGGCAUCCGCAAAGACGGUGGAUGGAUGGAUGUGAUGGAUUACACGCCCAUGUAUUCAGCCGUGAUCAAAGUAGCGCGGGCCAUGGUCGUGUAUCAGUCGUAUCGGGAGAGGAAGGAAGAGGUGGCCCGAUUACAGCAGGAGAAGGGUUUAGGUGAGGAAGAGGCCGAGGAGGAGGCGACCAGCAUGUUCCGGAUCGUGCGUGAGAAGGUGCAGAGGUUCAUGACGGUGACAUCGAAGGAGACAUACGCCGAGCCGACGCCGAUGGAUUGGAUAUACGAGGCACGCACGUACGGCAUGUGUAUUCGGUUCAACACGCCAGCAGGCGGAACCGUGGAUUGGGAUGGCGACCAUAUCACGUAUAGAAAGACACGGUUCCGGAUGGCCGCGUUGACCGAGAUGUUGCAUGCAUUGACGAGGGAGGCGAGGGAGCAUUUAGCGACGUUGACGAUGGUGGAAGACGUGGACCAGUUACCGCGAAUCCCGUGGAAGGAGGUGGAGGACGAUCACAGUGAGGACCGGAUGGGGUAUUCAUUUUUGACCGAUGAACGGAACCGCGAGUGGGUAAAGAGAGGUAAGAAUUGGGUGAUGAACCAGAUCACCGAUACACAACCGGACGGGCAGGGCCAGGCACGACGCAAGGUGUGGAUCGACAACGGCAGAAGGGACGGAAAGCCAUUCCAGGCCCGGGCGGUACAGUCAUAUGGCCAGACAUUCAACGGGUUCAUGGAACGAAUGUUCAUGUUGAUGUACAUGAUGAGCCAGCCAGCACGGAUACCCGAGAUGUCGGGCAUCCGGCACCAGAACACCAUGAAUGGAGGGGUCAGGAACAUAUUGGCGCACAACGGCAUGAUGUGCGUGGUCACGUUAUAUCACAAGGGAUUCCGGUUGACGGGUCAGGCCAAGGUGAUUCACCGGUAUUUACCGCAUGCCGUGGGAGAGUUAUUGGUGUGGUAUUUAUGGUUGGUUUUGCCAUUUUGGCAGCAGGUUCAGGGUAUCGUCAAAGAUGCCGGUAUCCGCAGCCCGUUGAUGUGGCCGGAUGAAGUGGUACGCAAGGCAGAAGGCAGUAUCGUAGAGGAGAGGGAGGCAAGACGAGCGGCAUUGGAGAGGCACAGUCAGAAUGGCGGCGGCAUGCAUGAAGAAGACGAUGAUAACAGCGGAGGUAGUACAGAGAACCCGCAUGACCCCGAUAACCCCGCGAACGCCGAUGAUAUUGGGUUCCAGAGCUGGGUGCAGGAGCGGAAGUGGACAUCAGACCGGGUCCGUCGAAUCAUCCAACGGCACAGCAGGCGAUUAUUAGGCGUGACGUUAGGUAUCAGUUCAUGGAGGCAGAUUGCGAUCGCCAUAGCCCGUCGGUAUUUGAACGGUGCAUGUAAAGAGUCGACAUUGGAUGGGGAGGAUGAAGAUGACGAUUUGGAUGACAACCCGGUGGAUUUGCAAGCCGGGCACGGAACGCACGUGGCGGGCAUGGUAUACGCACGCGAGUUGCAGCAGGGAUUGUUCAGCACGGCAUCGAUGCGGGACAAGUUCCGAGCCGUCAGCAGGCAGUGGCACCGUUUGUUCGAGUUCCAGGACAGCGAGGAGAGUGGGGCGUCGGCCGCAACCCGGCGAAAACGAGCCCCGUAUGACACGGAGCGUGAGUAUAAUCGGAUGCAGCGGUUCAGACGAUUGCAGCAGGUCGAUAUUGCCGGUCAGUUACGGCAGAUGAUGGGGCCGUCGGCGGCGUUCCGUGGUCAGCAGGAGACGGUGAUCCGGGCGAUCAUACGGGGCGAGAGUCCGAUUAUCCAGAUCGCAGGCACAGGUGAGGGCAAGAGUUUUUUUAACGGCCACAUUACCGCCCGGCGAGGUAGAGAGGUUUUGCGAGGUCGUCAAGUUGCCGGCAAGCCGUGUGAAGAUAUUCCGAUCGCCAACAUCGCGGCCGAAUAUUCGGUAUAG